AUGACUUCAAGGUUACUUCGCGGUGUUGGAGCGCUGGCCACGCAGGCUCUUAGGGUGUGCUCCAUGGCAUCUGGAGGUAGUGUUCCUACUGAUGAUGACCAGGCGACUGGGCUGGAGAGGGAGGUCGUGAUGGCUGCACGGAAAGGACUGGACCCAUACAAUGUGCUAGCCCCAAAGGCAGCUGCAGGCACCAAGGAAGACCCUAAUUUAGUCCCAUCCACCACCAACAAGCGAAUGGUGGGCUGCAUCUGUGAAGAGGACGAUAGUACUGUCAUCUGGUUCUGGCUGCACAAAGGAGAGACCCAAGGACGCCCCAGCUGUGGAACCCAUUACAAGCCGGUGCCCCACCAGUUGGCCCCAGUUGCACUAACUUACUGAAAAUGUGCUGUGAAGUUUCUUCUUUCCAAU